UGUCCUCAGGGACCUGCUGGUGGCGGCCAUCGUCCACUGCAAGCACCACAGCCUCAUCGCGCCAGGUAGCAGGCGAGGCCCGGUCCACAGGUGUCUGUGCGUGAGCGGCUGCUGGGUGGGGCUCACGGAGCCGCUCCUGCCCGCUGAGGGUGUCUGUGUGCAAGCGUGUGAGUGGUGCCUCCCGCGCACAGGGUGGCAACGUCCUCUGUGGUGACUGCACGCGCAGGCGUGUGUGCACGUGUGUGAUCAGUGUGCGCUGGGGCAUGGAAGUCGGGAGACCUCACUGAGGUCCUCCAGCUCCAAAUGCCCCUGAGAAGAGUGAUGCUGUGUCCGGAGUCAUGUGUGUCUGCCCUGGGGUUUCCACGGAGCCACUCCUUCAGUGGCUGGAGUCUGGGGCAGCCGCUUCGCUGGCAGACUUCCAGGAGGGUCUCCCACUCGGCUCUGGGCAGGUGGCUCUGGUACCAGUCAUGGCCUGUGACUUUGAGGCUAUCACAUCCCCACUUCCAGUGCUGGUCACGUGGUAUCGGGAGGAGGGGUGUGUGUGCCUGCCCGUGUGCACGAGUGCAAGGGCGUGAAUGCGUGUGUGUGUGUGUGUGUGUCUUAUCAGCUUACGGCUGAGCUGCCUGUUGGUGUCUUGAGCCCGAAGUAGGCUCUGAAGUUUCCAAGCAGGCAGGAGCUGGCCUCAGUCUUCCUCGAAGGCCUUGCUGAUACAAUCCAGGGUGAGCCUGAGCCCAGGGCUCCUUCCGCAGGGCUGCCUGGACUUCAAGGGUGGCUGGGAGGACAGGGCUUGGCCCGUGCAGGGGUCAGGAUGACAGGGACCCUGAGUGGUGCAGCCAUCCUCCGGGGGCUCAGAUUGUCCUGGAGAGGAACUGGGGACCGGAACAGAAUGUCCUGCUUCCCUUGGGAGGGGAUCACGUGAGUCAUCCCAGUCCUCACGGGGCUUUGUUGCCUUGAGUCACCUCCCCAGUAUUUCUCUGACCCUGGUGUCCACCAUGAGGUCAGUGGGUGGGGUGGUCAGCUCGCCUUCCCGAGAGGCCGUGACCUGCAGAGGGCUGCCCUGCCCUGGGGCCCGCCUGGAGGCAGGGCACCGUCUGUGGGUUCUCGGGGAGGGUGUGCUGCCGCCACGCACAGCCAGGCCUCCUGUCUGCGCCAGAGGGCCCGGACGGUGGAUUCGAACAGAAGCCUCCCCAGAGCUGUCUGGUGUCCUGGGGUGAAUGAUGGGCCUGACUUCGGCGUGUCAGCCUCUGGUGCUCCCGGCAAGCCUUCCCCCUGCCCCGACCCCAGCAUCUUCUGAACCUCUAAUCACGCCGGCCGUGGCGUGGGGAUUUGUGUCUUCUUUCCUGAAGUCACCUGGUCCUGUCCGCUGCGGCCUAAUGCCCACCUGGGAGAUGGGGCUACCCUUUGGGGUGAGCAGGAGGCCCUGCCAGGCGCUGGCUCGUUAGGAUUCAGUCUGAGCUGCUCACACCCCAGAGUGUGCCCUGGGGAAGCAGACCCGAUACUGCAGGCCGCGCCCACGGCCCCGAAGCCGCGCUGGGCUGGGUGGCAGGGACAUUCCGGGCGUUGCUUCCUGACACUUACCUUAAAAGGGAGGCGGCAGCAGCCCAGGUGACGGGGUCAGGCUGCCCCCACCCUGGGAACCGGUGAGGCCAGCCUGGGGCUGGUGCAGGCGUGGCUGCCUUCCAGGCCGCCUGGUCAAAGGCAGGAGUGUGUGUGGCCGGGCAGACGAGGUGUGUGGCCCCCAGAGGCGGCUCUGACUGGCUGCAUGGAGGGGCCCCUCCUUCUCUCUCACCGCCGAGGAAUGGGCUGCCUGGGCGGCAGGGCCAGGGUUGCCCUGGGGUGGGUUCCAGAGGGGUUCCCAGAGCUGCCCGACAGGAGAUUGUGGGUGCUGAGGCUCCACACAGCGGGGCCAGGCUCUCUCCGGAAGGGCGGUGGGAUGGUGGGAACGCAGGCCCUGUGCUCACUCACGAGGGGGCCGUUCCCAAGGCACAGGCCAGGAUUCCCAGGGACACGCCAGCUGCCUGGGCCAGCCCCUCUGACCCUGCACCCUGGCCAGGCAGCCUGGGGAGGGGAGGGGCGGCCUCUCCCCCGCCCUGGGCCUGUGUUGGGCAGGGCUGUGCAGUUGCCUGCACUCACCCUGAGUGUUCCGUCACCCUCCUCACCCUCCUCACUCUCAGGUAUUUGUUUUGGGGGCGGGUAGGGCGCCUGUGGCAGAGGCUAGAGAGCCUGGGACUGGCCAGAACCCCCAGCCCCAGCCCCAUCACGCCCUGGAAGGGCCCCUCCGGGGCUCUGAGCUCCGAGUUAGGGAAGAGGGCACUGCGUUGGGCCUGGGGUGGGGUCUGAGUAAGGAGUGGAGUGGCAAGCUCUUGACCAGAGUGUGCCGCCUGUGGGGUGACAGAGGCCAUGGGGCUCUCGGGCAAGGGCUCUCUGGGAAGCGCGGGACUCAGGCCUGGUCAGGAGGAGCGGCUGGGCUCGGGCGCUGUGAGCCUGCUGGCCUGGGCAGCCCAGAAAGCAGGUGGCCGAGCCGGGUCGCUGCCGCCAGCCGCUGUGGCCUCGUCUCUCCACGGGAACUGAGCCUGGCCUGGGCCUGUCCCUCCCUCUGCGCAGCUGCCCCCAUCGUGUGGACUGGUCCCCUAGACCCGGGUGCCACAUGGCUUCCUGUGCACGCAGUGGUUUGAGUGGCAGGGGGCUCUCGGGAAGCUUCCAGGGGUGGGGGAACGGGGGAGAAGCUCUGGGAAAGAGAGGCCCAGCCUGGCUUCACCCUCUCCAGCUCUGGGGGGCGGUGGGGGGGAGCCCUGCUGGCCCCAGCCUGGGCUGUUCGUGCCUCCUUCCCGAAGGCAGCAGAGAAGCCCGGCCGCUGUCAGCAGGUUCGCUGAACGCGGCCAGCCUGAGGGAGGAGCGGCUACACCUGUCCUUGCUGGUGUCCAGCGGCUGGAGGACGAUCAGCUUCCACGUGGUGCCGGUGGUGAGAAGGAGGCGUGGGGUUCCUGCACUGGAGGGGGCCCAGCAGAUGCCUGGACUCCCUGAGGGCAGCCUGAGAAGGGUCCUCAGCCAAGGGGUGGACCUGGUGCCGGCCAGCGCCCAGCUCUGGAGGACCUCCACUGACUACCUGCUCACCAGGCUGCUGGGGGAGCUGGGCUCCCUGCAGGGCCAUCGCCUGGACAGUCUCUCCGUCCUCGACCGGGUGAACCACGAGAGCUGGCGAGACGGUGGCCAGACCGACGGCCUGACCUUCGGCCACCUGAAGGGACGCCUCCCUCUGGGGGUUCCCAGGAGAGUCCAGGCCCCGCUGCCGACCGCUUCCUGGGCUGCAGAGAGAUUCUGGCACAACUGUGUCCUCCUGGAGCUUUGUAACAUCAAUGCUGAGGACAAGGAACAGGCAGGGCCGGGACUCCGGCCCCCCCCAACCCCGGGAAGCAGACGGCGCUGCUGUGGGCCUGCGCGCUCUUCCCGGCGCCCGAGGACUGGGCGGAGCUGCAGGGCGCCGUGUACCGCGUGCUCGUGGUGCUGCUGUGCUGCCUGGCCACGCGGAGGCUGCCCCACUUCCUCCACCCGCAGCGCAACCUGCUGCAGGGCAGCGGCCUGGACCUGGGCGCCGUCUACCAGCGCGCGGAGGGCUUCGCCAGCCAGCCCGAGGCCGCCCUGCGCAUCCACGCCACCCACCUGGGCCGCAGCCCCCCGCCGCGCGUCGCCUCCGGGCUCAAGGCGCUCCUGCAGCUGCCGGCCAGCGACCCCGCCUACUGGGCCACCGCCUACUUCGACGUCCUGCUGGACAAGUUCCAGGUCUUCAACAUCCAGGACGAGGACCGGAUCUCUGCCAUGCAGGGCAUCUUCCGGAAGACCAGGACGCUGAGCAGCGAGGAGAGCUGAGCUGGGCCGCCUGGUCUUGGCCGCCCAUUCACGGCCGCCCCACAGACUGCACCACACCACGGGAGGUCCCGGGGCAUCCGGGAGAAGGAAUGGGCUUCUCAUGGGGGGUGGUGGAGGGAUUUUGUCCCCAGGAGUGGCCUCUGAGAGUCUUUCAGUGCCUGGCGAGGCAGGGCAGGCCUCCUGGAGCACCUCGUCCCGGGGCGAGGGCCUGAGGCAGGUGCCACGCUUUCCACGUGCUGCCUGUUGACCCAGCCACGUGGUGUUGACAAGAAAGCUGCAUUGGCUGAGACCUGGGGCUGAGCGCCUGGCCCUGCCUGCGCCCUGUGCCGUUCCUUGGUGAUGAAAUGCUGUAUAUUUGGUCUUGAAUAAAUGAAUGUGCGGGGUGUACGCAGCAGAAAA